AAGAAGAAGAAGAACCAGCAGCAGGAAGUGCCUGUCAACCCUGGUCCUGUUGUAGUCUUUCUAGCGAACUGAAUUCCCUUUUUUAACGCAGUUUAUGUGUAAAGGGUCUGAUUAUAAACCGGUUUUAAUGAGUCCAUCUCACUGACAGGACCCUCCAGCAGCGGUGUGUUUACGUCCAGUCGGCCCGGUCCAACAUGGCGGCGGUAGACGUGGAGGAUGAGAGUAUUUUGGCGUCGAUCUUUAAGGACAGCUUCCCGGACAGCUGGAGGGACAACCCGGACUUUGCGACCUACCUGUCCGAGCUGAGCUCCUUCGGGCUGGAGAAGCUGAGCCGGGAGCCCGAGCGGCUCGCGGAGGAGCGGGCUCAGAUCCUGCAGCAGACCCGGGAGCUGGCCUUCUCCAACUACCAGACCUUCAUCCGGACCGCGGACUGCACCCAGCACAUCUACCGGGACUUCGGCCGGGUGGAGGGCAGCGUGUCCCGGCUGCUGGACAAGCUGCCCGGCUUCGGGGAGAGAUGCAGGGGCUUCGUGAAGGAGGCGGAGGAGAUCGGAGCCAGCCGGCGCAUGAACAGCCUCACGCUGAACCGGCACACGGAGAUCCUGGAGAUCCUGGAGAUCCCGCAGCUCAUGGACACCUGCGUCCGCAACGGCUACUACGAGGAGGCUCUGGAGCUGGCGGCGUACGCCAAGAGGCUGGAGAAGAAGCACGCCGCGCUGCCCGUCAUCCAGGUGAGCCCAGGGCCGCGAUCGGCCCCGAAAACAGCACCGCAAAGCCUUCAUUUAAACUGGGACAGGGCCGCGCUGAACACUGUGUGCACAAUUACAAGUUCGGUUUUAGCCAGCACCGACUACACACCAGACCCCAGAAACCGGUCCCAAGAAACCCCACCCCAGAACCCAGGCCCCAGGUCCCCCAGAACCCCAGAACCCCAAACCCCCAGAAACCCCUGUCCCAGGAAACCUGAAACCCAAAACCCAGCCGACCAUCACCACCACACCCGGAGAAUCCUUGAUCGAGCCGACGAAGACCCCGAGAUGGAUCGACCAUUGUCGAGCAGACCUGAUCCAUCCGCUGACGGACCGGACUCCUCACCAAACCACCAGACCGAUCCGACACCACGUACCGACGACGAUAACGCCAGCCAGAUCAAAGACCGCGCGCGGCCAGCGCUGCUGGACUCCACGUGCGUGCCCAACAACGUCCUGACCUUCAACACCCCCUCUGGCCUUGGGGGCCCAGGCUCACCGCAAGCUCCAGGACGCCUGGACACGUUAUCUGAGUUGUGGAACGCUACCCAGCCCUGUGUGUUGAUUGGUUGUUGUUGUUGUUGUUGUUGUUCCCGUCAGGUGACCCGUCAGAUCGUGGCGUUUCACCGUGCCGAGGAGUCGGCGUUCAGCAGCCGAGAGAAGGAGCUGUUUGUUCACUUCUGCUGUUCGUACGCCGACGACCUGCUGCCGUUCGUCAACCGCUGCCUGCAGGUCCUGUUCCCUCCGGCUCAGCUCGCCCUCAUCCUCGGAGUUCCUGCGACUCAGCUGCACCGCUACGGCGGUCUGGGCCGCAUCGACCUCGCCGCCGUCCUGCAGCCGCUGGACUUCGUGCUGCCGCAGAGAGAGACGUUGGCGCCGGCGCCGCCGGAGCUCGACAUCGCCGCCGAACUGGGCAGCCUGGCGUUUGACGCGCAACUCAAAGAAGCCGAUCCGGGCGUCACGGUGGAGGACGGGCGCCCCGAAACGCUGCCGCCUCCGGCAACCCCGAGCGCUCGCAGAGACUCUGAGGAACGAGACGGAGAGGCGAUAUCAGAUGAAGACUUCUCUUUGGACUGAAAGUCUGUGUUUUCUCUGAGGUUUCAGGGAGACUUGGGUGCACAUGUUUGGCAAAGGGAUCAGGUAUUUGAAAGAGGGUUUCUGGGCGAUUAUAUUUUAUAUUUUUUUCCAUAAUCGAGCAGCCCUAUGUCAUUCCCUGAAAGAACCGAGCAGACCUGACUUGUUGCACCGUCUGCAUCGUCUCCUAAACAUUUUCAGCGUCAAGGUUGUUGUAAUUUCCAGAAGGAGGGAGAGAGAGAGGGAGAGGGAGAGAGAGAGGGAGAGGGAGGAGAGAGAGAGAG